UUUCAUUCUAUGACAUCCCUAUUCCUAGAGAACCCAACGAAAAACCUGCCACAACAUCCAACACACACACACACUCUCUCAUCGCCGUUCGUCAAAGAAGUCAACCAUCACACCGCCACUAGUGAAAGAUGGCAGCAGAAAAACAACUAACGACCGAAACAUCUGACGCUCCGUCGCAAAAACCACCAAACCCUUUCUUGUUUUUGUCUCUUAUUCCUAAGUUAAUCUUAAAACCCUUUGCUAAUUUUAAUAAUAAUAAUAAUAAUAAUAAUGAAAGUGACAAAUCUGUGAAAAGGGUUGAUUCAGAAGGAAGCAAAACCAAAACCCCAGAUGUUGUCAGGUUUCCUGUUACUCAGAAGUCUGAAGUUCCUCCAUUAAAGGUUGAAAAUGAAGAUGCUCAAGAAGAUACUAAUCCUAUUGUUCUUUGGCAGGUAUAUGCUCUUGGAGGAUUUAUCAUCUUGAAGUGGGCAUGGGGGAAGUGGCAGGAAAGGAAGGCAAGUGCCAAAAAGGACGCAUCUGGUGAAGAAGAGCAACCUCCAGCCCCAGUCCCAGCUCCAGCUCCGGCUCCAGCUCCGGCUCCAGCUCCAACUGAGGAUUAGUCCUCUCUCUGUAAUUUGUUUAUUAUGCUGUGAUUUACAAAUAACCUUUUGAAUUUAUAGUGAUGUUUCCCCAA